AUGUCGACGACCAUGCUACGUACCAGCGCUGUCCGUUCGAUCCCGCGCUCCUUCUCCUCCCUCCAAGCUACAACCCCACGAACAAGCGUCCUCAACAAUGCCCUGAAAGCCUCGCUGCGGACUUCUGCUCGUCCCGUACGGACUUCCCGUAUCCUCACUGUCGCCGCGUUCCAGCCAGUUCCGAGAGCCUUGGUGCGCUACGCUCAUAAUGCCCACGCUUAUGACACCGCAAAGGCGGAAAAGGCACUCCAUGAGAAGAUUUUACAACCAAUUCCCCAGAUGGUUUCCUCUGAUUCAACCACUCGCCAAGUGACUGGUGAAGUCCAAAGCAAAGUCGCCGAUGAAGAUGACGUGGACAUGAUGGGCGGUAUUCGAAGUGACUUUAACACGAUCAAAGAGACAUUCAGUCUGGCCUCUGUGCCUCGUGAGGCCCUAUAUGUCGGUCUGGCGGGUGUCAUUCCCUACCUGGCCACAUCUCUCACCACCGUCUAUCUCUCGUUCGAUAUUCAAUAUGCGGCCACCCACGGCCAGGGCUUUUUCAUGUCUGGCGAGACGGCCGAGACUCUGCUUCACAUCAUCGAGCCCAUUCAGCUCGGCUAUGGUGCCUCGAUCAUCUCCUUCCUAGGUGCCAUCCACUGGGGUCUCGAAUGGGCCGGCUACGGUGGUUUCAAAGGGUAUCCCAGAUACUCCAUGGGUAUCAUUGCCACGGCCGUGGCGUGGCCAACACUUCUCCUCCCGGCAGAGGUUGGCUUGAUUGCCCAGUUCAUGGCCUUCACCUUCUUGUAUUACAACGAUGCCAGAGCUUCCGCUCGAGGCUGGGCUCCCCCGUGGUACGGAGUCUACCGAUUCGUCCUGACUUUCAUUGUCGGCGCCAGUAUCGUUGCCUCGUUGAUCGGACGUGGCCAAAUCGCUGAUUUGGUCACUCGACCUCCGGGACCUGCUGACAGAAUGAGAGAACUCAGAGCCAGACAGAUGGAAGAGAUCGGACCCGAGCCAGUGGGCGGCGAUGAAGAGGAAGAGGAAGAAGGCGGCGAGGAGGAAGAAGAGUAG